AUGGAUGUUUCCAAAAUGAGAAUCAUGAAUCUGAUCGUGAUGCUCAUUUCUGCCAUCAUCAGCGUAUCUGCCGUGACACCAACCAGAAUGAGAAGAAGUCUGAGUGAGGUGUUGGGCAAUCGUAAUGGCCUGUACAACACGGAAUACGAAGGAGUUCCGGAGGCGCUACCUCCUCGUCGAGUUCGAUUCUACCGAACGGGCGGUACGAUACUGCUUGGUUAA